AUGAAGUCAUCUCUCCUCGCACAGUCAUCAUUACCGUUCUCGAAUCGCCAUUUGGAAAAUGCCAUAUCAAUGACUGAAAAACAAUUACCAUUAAAACCGUACAACUCAUCGGAUAUUGUUACAGACUACUUCAGGAAUUACACACUUACUGCGAACACUCGGUUGUCAAUUGCCCACCGUUCUCCUUUUAUUAGUAAGUGCUAUCGUUUUGGCAAAACUUUUUUGAACUUAUAGUUGGAGGUUCUGUAGAGCAUUUAGAGUCGCAUGUUGAAGAAAAAUUUUUUGGAAAUGUUCAUUAGUUUUAAAGUUAGAGUGUCGGGUUGGUUAUGGUACGAUAGGGUAGGGUAAGGUAGAGAGGAUGUUUUAGGGUUGGCCAUGGUAAAGUAGGGCAAGAUAGGAUACGGUAGGGUAGAAUUGAGAGAGCGGGUUAGAAUAAGGUGGGUUGAAGUAGGGUUUGGUAUAUCAGAGUAGGUUAGGGUAGGAUACGGUGGUUUAGGCAAAACGAGGUGGGUAGAGUUGGGCGGUGUAGAGUAGGACAGGGUAGGGUAUGAUAAGCUAUUGUAGGGUAGAGUAAAAUGAGGUAGUGUUUAUUUUUAAUAAAGUAGGGUAAGAGAAUCAUAGAGUAAUAUGAGGUAGCGUAUUUCAAGCAUAUGAAGUUCAAAAACUACUCAUACUGUUACGGAAAGCCUUUUUUGAUAUUAAUAAUUUAUAGUUUAGACAUUUAUAUUAACAAAAACUUUUAUUUUACACUUUAAUUUACUAGUUCAAAUCGAUUCACUAAAUUUAUAUUUUUCAGCCAAGACGCCUUGGUGA